GUAAAGUUUUAGUGCUUUCAGAACUUGCCAACCUUUUAGUGAGUAAAGAUGAAGUGGUACAAUUUCGCUAAAGUUAUUUUCGUUUUCGCUACAGUUUUUACAUCGUGUCAAUGCCGCAUAAUAAGAAGAGACACGCGUUUCCAAUCCGGCCUGUACGGAACCAACCUAGAUGAAUACAUCAAGGAAUUACUCGCCAAACUCGACGAAUGCCUCCUUCCGAUGUGGAAGAGUUUAGAACAAGCCAAACCAAAGGACCUACCAAAAAUAAAGGAGACAUUACAUUCUUACUUGCGGAUAAGGAAUUUACACUAAAGGAAACGAACACAAGAAAGGCAAUGAGGAACCCCCAUAUUUAUUCGCAGACGCUAGAAGCCGAAAAACCAAAGAAACCAAAAAAUCCCGACAUACCCGAGACUGCUGAAAAACCUGGUAACAAACCCGAGAACGCGGGUACAGUAGAUCAUUCAAUGGAAGUGGAAGAUGAAAACAAUAGCAGUUCCAGUAGCAACAGCAGUAGUAGUAGCAGUUCUUCAAGCAGUGAAUCUAGUAGCUCAUCAUCAUCAGAAUCCGAAGAAGUUUCUACACCAAUCAACGAAGAGGCAAAUGUUGGAGACCAAACUGGAGGUGCAGCUACAUCGAAUGAAGAGAAUGGUGAUAAAUCAGAAAGUGAGGAAUGUGAAGAUAAACCAGAAAACGAAGAUUUUAUAGAGGUUGAUCCAUCAGAAGGUAAAGAUAUCGAUGAAACAUCGCUUGAAGAGGAUGGUGUAACAGAGUCUCCUUAAUGAAAUACUAAUAAACCUGCUGCUAGAUUGUAAUAGUAUGUAUAAUAUCAGUUAUAACUUUUGUUAAACUAAACAUGAUAGGGGGUUUUAUAUUAUAGCUGUCAGUUUAAUAAUUUAUAUUGUAAUAAUUUCAUUAUAUAUGUUUAUUCGUAAGUAUUUGAUUGAACAGGCAGUGUUACAUUUCAAUACUUGAUGAGUAUACCAUAAAUUUGUUAAUAAAUAUGAUGUCAAUCGAUUGUGUAAAUAUCUUUUGUGUUGGUAAAAAUAGUUUUGGUUCGGCGUUUGCAUUUGUCAAUUGGUUAGUUAAAUUAUGCGGUUCAGUUUCAGUAUUUUAAUUUCAGUGUGUGGCAAUAGGUCUAAAUUAUUUUUAUUAAUAUGUCAAAUAAUUUGAAACAUGAUGUGUGGUUUAAUUUGUUUCUUCUACUGGUUGUGUUAUCAACAGUUGUAAGUAAUAAACAAAAAAUUCACGUUUCUUAAGAGAGACUUGUGUUAAAAUAAUGUAAUUAAUUUGCAAUAAAAAUAUUUUGUUUUUGGA